UAUCUCCCACCACCACACCACUCUCUCAACACACUACAACUGAUCACACUUCUACUCUCACCCCCGGCGCACAUUAGCGACAAGCCAUGGCAACCGCCACCGCAACCGCCGCCGCCACCUCAUCCUUCAUCGGAACACGCCUCCGCGACGCGCAGCCGAGCCUAGGCCGUGUGCAAGCGAGAUUCGGAUUCGGGAUCGGGAAGAAGAAGGCCGCACCGAAGAAGGUAGCGAGACCAGGUCCAGGUACCGAACGGCCGCUGUGGUACCCCGGAGCGAAGGCGCCAGAGUGGCUCGACGGGAGCUUGGUCGGUGACUACGGGUUUGAUCCGUUUGGGCUUGGGAAGCCGGCGGAGUACUUGCAGUUUGAUCUGGAUUCGUUGGACCAGAACCUGGCGAAGAAUUUGGCCGGAGAUGUGAUCGGAACGAGGACGGAGUUUGAGGACGUGAAGUCGACGCCGUUUCAGCCGUACAGUGAGGUGUUUGGGUUGCAGAGGUUUAGGGAGUGCGAGCUUAUUCAUGGAAGGUGGGCCAUGCUCGCCACGCUUGGUGCUCUUACCGUUGAGUGGCUCACCGGAAUCACCUGGCAAGACGCCGGCAAGGUGGAGCUUGUAGAAGGGUCAUCAUACCUUGGUCUACCACUCCCAUUCUCAAUCACCGCAUUGAUUUGGAUUGAAGUUUUGGUGAUUGGGUACAUUGAGUUCCAAAGAAACGCUGAGCUUGACCCUGAGAAGAGGCUGUACCCAGGUGGCAGCUUCUUCGACCCUCUCGGCUUGGCCGCGGACCCUGAGAAGAAGGCCACCCUUCAAUUGGCAGAAAUCAAGCAUGCUCGUCUUGCCAUGGUUGCUUUCCUUGGCUUUGCUGUCCAAGCUGCUGCCACUGGCAAAGGCCCUCUUGAUAACUGGGCUACCCAUUUGAGUGACCCUCUUCACACCACCAUCAUUGAUACCUUCUCAUCCUCUUGAGAGUGAUGAUUUUCGUGUACCUCAAUGCAUGUUGUGCCUUGUAAAAUUCCCUUGGCUUUGGGUUGUAAACAUUUUAACUUAGCUGGAGUAGUAGUACUUGUGAAAUUAGUAAUAUCAAUGGGUGCAGAUUUUUUCUGCUUCAUGGUAA